AUGCCUAACAUCAACCGUGCACCAGACCUCCGCCUCCUUAUUUUCCAGCUGGCCUAUCCUCCGCAGAACACCGUUCAUCACCAACACGCCAAACACUUCGCAGCCGCCAAGAUCUACAUCACUUUGGACAGUUAUCAAGCAAUACGAGCUAUCGGGGCAUUACUACGAUGGAUUAGUCCCCUGGUGAUUGUACCGACAGUCACUCUCAUUGGCUUUUCGCUGUACCCUGUCGCAGCUAGCAAGGCAUCCUCUCACUGGGGUAUCGCCUCUAUGUGCUGUGAGUAUCCUGUAGGUGUUGUGAGUAAUCCUGAAGGUGUUGUGAGUAAUCCUGAAGGUGUUGGGGAGUAUCCUGAAGGUCAGUGGGGGCUGCCUACAGUGAGCGUGGCAGGAGUGCUUGGUAUGUUGGCUGGUGUCCUCGCAAGCAUCGUGGAGAGCGUUGGUGACUACUUUGCUUGUGCUAGAUUGUCUGGAGCGCCGGCACCCCCCAAGCAUGCCAUCAACCGGGGUAUCUGGAUCGAGGGACUUGGCACUAUUCUGGCAGGGCUGUGGGGCACGGGGAGUGGCACCACUUCCUACUCCCAGAACGUCGGGGCCAUUGGUGUCACCAAGGUUGGGAGCCGUCGUGGUGCAGUCCAGCGCGCAGCUAUCACCCUGUGUGGCCUGGCAAAGGUCGGGGCUCUGCUCAUCACCAUCCCAGAGCCCAUCAUCGGCGGCAUCUUCUGUGUGUUCAUCAGCCUCCGUCGGCUCAACCUUCAGUACGUCGACCAACCUCCAGGAACUCAUUGGCUUUUUCUUCGGGAUGGCUCUGCCCAUGGGACGGACGAGGAGCGAGGGAUGGUGGCGUGGAAGGAUCAGUUAAAGCCCCCUAGUGAAGAAUCUGCCAUGGACCAUUCUUGUUAUAACCUUCCCGUAGGCAUGGACACCGUCAGGAGAUGGAAUUGGACGAGGUAUGUACCCAUAUCCCCUACGUUUAUCGGCUGGGGGUUCGUAAGGAAGAGGUGGACGGACGAGGAGCGAGGGAUGGUGGCGUGGAAGGAUCAGUUAAAGCCCCCUAGUGAAGAAUCUGCCAUGGACCAUUCUUGUUAUAACCUUCCCGUAGGCAUGGACACCGUCAGGAGAUGGAAUUGGACGAGGUAUGUACCCAUAUCCCCUACGUUUAUCGGCUGGGGGUUCGUAAGGAAGAGGUGUAUGAAAUCAUCAGCGUAG